AACAAGAGAAGAAAACAGACACCUGAACCGUGUUCCAUCUCACAAGAAGAGGCCUCAACAUUCAAUACGCUGAAGAUGCUGUGCUCUCAUGGAUUCCAGUCUGCACUCAGUCCAUUCGUGGACUUCUACUGGCCUGUACGCAGUCUGUGGCCAGAGGUCAGACCUCUGUUCUACCAGCAGGAUCUCCUGCAGAGAAACCUGCACGAGCUGCGCAGCAGUCUGGAGCUGAUGGAUAAACUUCAACACAAGAUCCUGGAGGAGACAGAGCCUUUCCAAAACAGCAUGACUGUGCAGCCAGUCUCCUUCCAGCUGGAGAAAGAGAGAGAGAACUUUGGUCUGACGCUGGACACUCGAGGCUUCUCCCCAGAGGAGCUGUGUGUGAGGCAGGUGGGCAGGAAGCUGAGAGUCAGUGGGAAGACAGAGAAGAAGCAGGAGGACGGGAAAGGCUCCUACUCUUACAGACUGCAGGAGUUCAGACAGGAGUUUGAUCUGCCUGAAGGGCUGAACCCUGAAGCCGUCACCUGCCACCUGUCUCCAGACGGGAAGCUCCACAUCCAGGCAGCCAAAGCUCCAUGUGCUGAAGAGGCAGAGAGAGAGCUGACUAUCAAGAGGAGCUCAGAGGAUGAAACACAGCAGAGUGUGUGUUCACAGGCAGGAGAGAGCAGGACAGAGACACACAACAGCACACAGGACUAACCUGAGAACAUGGACUGAGAUAUAUGUUGACGCCAGUGU